AUUUUAUCACUGUGGGAUUUAAGAUAAGAUAAACCUUUAUUAGUCCCACAUGUGGGAAUUUUUUUCUUCUUCCUGCUGUUCAGGUAUCAAUAAAAUUAUGUUGACAGCCCAAAGCAGAAACAGCUUACUGAUAGAAAAUAAAAUGAUCACUGUCCAGAUAAUCUGUCAGUCUUGGAUGUUCGAGCAGCCACGUACUGAACAAAGAGUGAUUACAGUCUGAUGAAUGAGUUACAGAUAUUGUUCUGUAACUCAUUCAUUGUUAGCAUGCAGUGUGCUACUAAGCUUCGUGUUUUUAAGGAGAAGUAUUCGAUAAACACUGGCUGAAUUCUGUGAGGAGGAAAGACUAUGGGGGCGUGAGGCCUGACAUGCUAACUCUGAUUUAUCAGCCGUUUACUCAGGACCUGCGGAUAACCUCCUGCCGGCUGAACUGAAACCGCAUUUGAUCUGGACUCAAACCUGAUUACUGUCUGUUUAGCUCUACAGCAUGGCCCGAGUAUUGUGAGCUGCCCCGACACCAACAAAUGCUUCAUCCAGUUAACCGACCAUUAGCCAGACGAUCAAUCCAUCACAGCAGCUGCAGGCAUGAUGGUAAUGUGGGUGGUGGGAAGUGGGGGUGGACAGAGCGUGUGUGUGUUGUUGUUUGUUGAUUGCACCGAUCAUACUGCGUUGGCUGUUUGUUUGUUGAUGAAUGAAGUGAUGGGGUCUGUCGGUGUGAUGUGACUGCUGCAGCUCUUCGUCAAUGCGAUCGUACCACCAGCUCCUCACUGGUUUCAGAGCAUGAAGCUGAAUCAUGGUGCAGACUUCAGGCUGUGACAGGCAUGUGGGAUCCAUCAGACCUGCAUCUGCAGAGCUCUGCUGGAGGUUUGAGGAUCUCCAGAGGAGGAAGCAGCUGCAGCGACCACACCAAACCCAACACUCAACCCCACCUGAGUCCAGGGCCACCGCCCGUCUGCCCACAGAGCCAACACAAGGACCCCAGUCAGCCAGGGCAGGAAACAGACCGCCCUCCCAAAAACCCACCCCUCCCUUCCAGGCACACUUCCCCUGAUGCACAGAAAGCGGCUGCAGCCCAACCCCCUCCUCCUCCUUAUCGAACUCUCACUCUGUGCUUUCCCAUGGGGAGGGGGGAGCACUCAUUUUGCUCCUUGGCAUCUUCCUCCACAAACACCCCCCAACCCCCCAUUUGUGCUGAACAAUUAAUCCCAAAAAAGUGCAAGAAAAAGAAGAAUUGUGAGUCUGCAGCUCAGGGAAAGCAGUUUAACUUCCAUUGUGGAGUAAAUCCCGAGGCCGAUGUGGAGGCACUGAUGUUCCCGCAUAUCCAAACUGCAUCCUCUUUGUUAUCUUUGAGGUAUUUCUCCUGUAACGCGUUACAAAAAUGAAUUAUUAUUAUUAAUUUUAUUAUAUCUUAUCAAUCAAUAAAUCACUCAACUGAGCCUAAGUUACAUCCCAGUCGCAAGGCCGGUCUGUGGUGCUACGUUUGUGUCCAGUUGUGUAGACGUUUGCCUGCAACCAACACAAAAGUCUGUGAACUGGAGAACCAACGGCACAGCUCGCGUGAACAGGAGAAGCACAGGCAGUGACUGCCGUGACUCUUCUCAUUGUUUUUAACACUUUGCUCUUCUGAAAGUCAGAGUAGCACACAGAUCGCUUGUUUCCGGCACUGCUCCCUGGUGACAGUGCACAGCUACAGCAUGCAGACGAUGUCCCGCUAACCGCCUGUAGCCUUUGUUUGACCACAACACUGUCACAAACCCACCCAAGCGUGGUUACCUUUGGUGUAUUAAACUAAACUGGUCCUGAUCCAGAUGAGUAGUUUCAGUGUCUCCGUCAUCCUCCUGUCCACGUCACAGUAAAUGUGUUUCUCUGAAAACAUAACUGGGAAUGAAGUUUGGUUGUAUGGUGAGCAGUGUGGAACUGAGUCUGUUAAAAGCUUCACCUCCUGUUUUACUGAAACAAUCAGCAGUGACAAUUCAGCAGCUGCCACAAAUCUGUAGUUUUCUGUGAACUCAGCUCUUUCUCUGGUGCUGUUCAGACACUGUUGGGUCUUUGAGGGUUGAGUAAUAAAUCAAGAACAGAUAAUCUGCCUGGAAGCCCGUUUGCUGGAGUCAUGUUUGCCAUUUCUGGUUCCAGGACCAUCAGUAACGUGUUAAAACAAGUCUGAUCUAACUUCAUCUCCUGAGGAUGAAUUCUUUAGAUGUGAAUGAUGUCAGGACGUUUCCUCUGUAGCACCACCCUCAUUUAUAUUUAGGUUCUUCCUGAAAUGCAAACAAAUUUUUAAAUUUUCAGUUUUAAUAUUUAAAAAGUCUCCGGCUUCAUUUAAUCAAUGCUCCAUGUUUGGUUGCGUGCACCCACUGACCUCAGGGUCUUAUGCGGCUUCGGUCCAAUGCUGUGGACACGCCAUCAGGGCGGCUUUACACCACCAUUAACAGCAUUUUUCUCCCAGUACAUAGUCUGGGCCCAUCAGCAAGGAGUCUGGACGUGGAGAAGCAAGCUGGCAGGCAACAGCGGCAGAACGCACAACGUCUUCCUGGAUGUUGUGCCUGCUCAGAGGCACUGCAGCACCGAGGGACCUCAAACAACCUGUCAGAGAGCAGAGCAGUUUUUUUUAUCUUGAAAGUAUUUUCACUUUGUUGCAUUUCCACCUCUUCUUGUGUUAAACUGAAACUUUAGAUUCACAUUGGAGCAGUCACAGAGCGGAGCCUCGUCAUUUUCCUGGCAAGAAAAAGUGUGUUUUGCCAGUUGCGGCACAUUUUUAAGGCCUUUGCUGAGACCACUGGACUGAAAAGUACAUGGAAAAUAAACGUGUGUAAAAUGACACUAAAAUAUGAGCGCAGUUUUUCAUUCAAGUUUGAAUUACACCAUUGAGUUUUCACUUCACGGGAUGCGCGCUGGAACAGCGGCCUGAUGGAUGGUGCUUGUUUUCCCAUCCGUCGGUUCAUAAACACGAUGGCCUCGCCGAGUGUCUGAAAGAAGAAAAACUGACUGCUACAGAUAAUCAGUUGAUUAAUCAUUUCCUUUCUUUAAUCUUUCCCACACAAAGGCUCAUCUAUCUGCUCUCAUCAAGUCCAUACUAUACUUCAUUAAAGAUUAAUAAAAGCAAAGAUCAGCAUAUCAAGUACAAAAGCUGAGUGUUUGCAGCGUGUUUGUGUAUCCACUGCUGCAGGAGCCGUCUCAGUUUCCUGCUAUUUACGGCUGAUCUGGACUUCCUGUUUCCUGCGUCCCCUUAGCCUCAACACAAAAGCUUCUUUGCACUGAGGAGGGGAAAAGAAAACGCCUAACAUGUGAUGUUAAACGCAGGAACGCUCGCUCUGAGUCAUUCUCCUUCAUAGGAUCUCUUUUUGCACUGGCAGGACAUUUUGUUUGUUUCACUCACUUAUGUCUGACUCAUGUUAAAAUCACCAGAAACCCAAAGUGAUCUGAACAUAUGAAGAACUGGAAACCAGCAGCUGGCAGUGGGGGAGCUCCGAAUCUGAGAUGAGCCAGCGCGAAGAAAGAGGGCGAUCCACAUAGACUAACACAGAGGGGGAGGGAGAGCGCGAGAGCAGCCGGAGCAGAGAGCUUCAUUGGAGACGAGAGAGAGGAGGCAGCAGGACGGAGGAUGAAGACGCUGCCGAGGGUCUGAAACACAAACAGGUCAUCAUGGGAAACGCAGACAGCCACAGCAGCUUCGUCUCCCCUGCCAAGCCCUCGUGCUCCUUCAGGUUUUCCUCCAGGAGGGAGGAGGUGACAUCGGCUCGCAGCUGGUGGAGGAGCAGCCAGGGAGGCUGCAGGAGCCGAGGGAAAAGCUACCUGAACCACCCAAUGGCCAGCUCACCCUACACCUCAUGGCGUUACGAACCAGCCCCUAAAGCGGCCCGAGGAGGCGCCAAGCUGAGAGGGGGGUCUCCUCAGAGGCUCUGCAGGGGGGAGUUUGGGGGGGGUGAGCGGGCGUCUCUGGAAAGCAGCGGCAGCCCGAAGGUGCUGCUCAGCAAAGAUGGCAGCAUGAGGGUGGAGUUCACCAAAGCUCGGGUGGAGCCAGAGAGUCUGAGUGGGCUCCCCGCCAUCACUGCCGCAGCGACCACCACCACGAGCGCAGAGGUGUCACUGCGCACCAGCAACGGCAGCUCGCUCAGCUCCGAUGGCUCUUGGUACGACUCGCCAUGGGGGAACAGCGAGCUGACGGAUAACGUGUUUGUGUGCAGGCAGAACGCGGACAACAGCAGCGGCUACACCACUGCCACCAGCAGCAGCGGCUACAACACCUUCUUCUCCGCUCAGGGUGAGGACAUCUCACCUGGAUUUAGCUCCAGCCUCCUCUUCCCCACCACAGAGACUAAUGUAUUCGCCGCCGCAACUGCAGGUUACAACACCUGCUCCUCUGGCCGGACGGAGGAUAGCGGCAUUGGAGACUCGGAGCUCCUGCAGCCGGACCUCACGGAUUUCAGCCUGAUUUCAGCUCCUGGGGUUUACAGCAGUCACAACACGCUGCCCGCCUUCCCCACCGACGCUGGGACCCCCGCCGGGGAGGCAGCGCUGCUGGAUGAUGUCACACAGAAAGAGGAGGGAUCAGCCGGUGAUAUGGAGGAGCAUUACUCCUCCUGCACGCUGCCCUGCCGAAAUGUGGAGUCUGCGAGCGCUGCCUCUGCCAGGAAUAACCGAAAAGACUUCCUGAAGAGCCGAAUCAGACGUCUGAGCGACUGGACAGGAAGUCUGAGCAGGAAGAAGAGGAGGAUCCAGGAGCCGUUUGCCACCGACACAGCCGAUGUCUUCAUCAAUGGACUGAAUGCUGGGGCUGUUAGCUGCAGCACGCUGUGUUCCUCCGACCCUCUCCACUCCCUGAACCACAACCAGUUCCCAACGCUCCACUGCGGCUCCUCCAGGAGUCUGAACCAGAACAGUGAUGCUAAGCGGCAGAACAUCUAUGAGAACUUCAUGCAGGAGCUGGAGAUGGGUUGCAGCAGUACGGCUGACAGGACGGAGCCAUCAGAGGGGGACGGAGAUGAGGGUGAGGAGGACGAGGAAGAGAUAGAUGGGGAUGUGGAGGUGGGAGAAGGGGAGCAGUUGGAUGUCCUGUUUGAGAAGGAGCAGGGUGUGGUGCGCCGGGCCGGAUGGCUCUCUUUCAAACCUCUCAUCACUGUUAACAAGGACAGAAAGCUGGAGCUGGUCGCCCGCCGCAAGUGGAGGCACUACUGGGUCACACUGAAAGGUUGCACUCUGCUGUUUUACGAGACAUAUGGGAGGAGCAGCGGCAGCGCCGACCAGGAGCUUUCUCCUCGCUACGCUCUCCUGGCUGAUGACAGCAUCGUCCAGGCCGUCCCUGAGCACCCAAGGAAGGAGCAUGUCUUCUGUCUGAGCAACUCGUAUGGAGACGUGUACCUGUUCCAGGCCACCAGCCAGACUGACCUGGAGAACUGGGUGACGGCAAUCCACUCGGCGAGUGCCUCUCUGCUGGUGAAGCGUCAGAGGAAGGAGGACACACUGCGCCUCCUGCGCUCUCAGAGCCGCUCGCUGCUCCACAAGAUUGACAUGGAUGGGAAGAUGAAGAAGAUGGCCGAGCUGCAGCUGUCCAUCAUCAAGGAGCCCAAGAGCAGGAAGGCGGUGGAGAGCCAGAUCCAGCAGUGGGAGCAGAAUCUGGAGAAACUGAACCUGGAUCUGUUCAGGCUCAGGUGCUACCUGUCCAGCCUGCAGGGCAGCGAGCUCCCAAACCCAAAGAGCCUCCUCGCUGUGGCCAGCAGGCCCUCCAAGAGCAUGCUGGGACGCCUGGGAGUCUUCUCCGUGUCCUCCUUCCAUGCUCUGGUGUGCAGCCGAGAAGAGGCCACACUGAGGCGGCGCUGCCGGUCUCUUUCGGGAGGAAACCGGAGGAGGGGUCUGCCGUCCUCCCUGAAGGUCCUGGAUGAUCUCAACAGGCGCGGCAGGGGUGGCAAACACUCAGCUCACCAGAAUCUGGACUGCGCUCCCAAACAGAUGGAGGCAGCGCCCCCUGCCGGUCAUAGUGCAGAUCUGCAGUUGCGUGAUGAACAGCAGCUUCCAGCUGUUGGUGUUUUUACUCUGAACAUCUGUCGACCUGACGGCCACAAAGACUUCGGUUUUGCAGUGACAGGUCACGUGGACGGAGCAGGAAAAAGUCAUGUUUUUGUCAGCGAGGUGGACCCGCUGGGACUUUCAUCCAGAGACGGCCUCAGGGCCGGAGACGAGGUCCUGGCUGUUAACGGCGCUCCUGUGACUGGACUGGACCUGGACCUCCUGCAGAGUCUCUUCAGACAUCAGAAGCUGCAGCUGCUGCUGAGGAGGGAUGAGUCACCUGAGGCCGAAGAGCCUGCCGACCUCUGGCCCGACCACGCUGACCCCUUCCACCCCGGCCGCCGACCACCGGCCACGAACAUCCACACCUGGAUCACAGAUUCCUCUGUCAUCACAGAUGCAGACAGCAUCCUGCCUCCCGUUUUCGAUGACACUUCUUCGAGGAUACCUCAGGACACCGAGCCCUCAGAGGAGAACUUAGACCAGGUCUACUCGCUUUACCAGACCUUUCCAGAAGGCCAGACAGGAGAUGGCGACAACCCCAAAAACCCGUACGGCAGAGAGGUCAGCCUGCAGCCGGUGAGCCCCACCCACCUAAGCGUGUGUCAGCGUCUGCGUAAGGUCAUCCAGGAGCUGGUCGACACCGAGAAGUCCUACGUCAAGGAUCUCAUCUGUCUGUUCGACAUCUACCUCACCCCCCUGCAGAAGGAGACGUUCCUCAGUAAAGACGAGAUGGAGGCGCUGUUCGGCAGUCUGCCAGAGAUGUUGGACUUUCAGAGAGUUUUUCUCCAAACGCUGGAGGAGAGAAUCGCCGCCUGUCCGAACUUCAGCAGCCUGGAAACCCCCGAGCAGUUCAAGAAACUCCUCUUCCCAUUGGGUGGAUCAUUUCUGUACUACGCCGAUCACUUCAAGCUCUACAGUGGCUUCUGUGCGAAUCACAUCAAAGUCCAGAAAGUUCUGGAAAGAGCCAAAACAGACGCAGCCUUCAAACAGUUCCUGGAGGCCAGAAAUCCGACCAAUCAGCACUCGUCUUCCCUGGAAUCAUACCUGAUCAAACCUGUUCAGAGAGUCCUGAAGUAUCCGCUGCUGCUCCGAGAGCUCGUGUCCCUGACAGAUGCAGAGAGCCCCGAGCACACACACCUGACAGAGGCACUGCGAGCAAUGGAAAAGGUGGCGAGUCACAUCAACGAGAUGCAGAAGAUCUAUGAGGAUUACGGCUGCGUGUUUGACCAGCUGGCAGCAGAGCAGAGCGGAGCCGACAAACAGGUGACGGAGAUCUCGAUGGGGGAGUUUCUGGUCCACUCGUCGGUGGUCUGGUUGAACCCACUGCCCUCUCUGGGUCGCUUGAGGAAGGAACCAGAGCUGACGCUGUUUGUGUUCAAACGAGCCGUCAUCCUGGUUUACCGUGAGAACAGCAAACUGAAGAAGAAGAUGACCUCGUCCCGAUCAGCUGACCUUGACCCCUUCAGAUUCCGCUGGUUAAUCCCAGUUUCAGCGGUCCAGGUCAGACCGGCUAACAUCACAGGUUCUGAGGACCCAUGUGUGUGGGAGCUGGUUCACAGUCGGUCUGAAGUGGAGGGACGACCAGAGACGGUGUUCCAGCUGUGCAGCAGCGGUUUGGAGACAAAGGCCAGCGUGCUGCGAGCCCUGCGCUUGCUCCUCAGAGACCGAGCUCCUGUGGGAUCCCUGAGGAGGAGCAGGCUGUCUACGGCUGAGAGAAGCGCCUCCUGGAGGAGGAGGCAGCAGCGCCACUCUGACACCCAGAAGACAAUUCCUCACCAGCUGCAGGAGAGCUGCAGGUCUGACAGCGUCCUGGGCGACACAUGCUCAGAGCCUCUGCUGCCGAGCCACGCCUCCAGCUCCAGUGCCGCUGCAGGGAUGAGAGGCAGACUCUGCUCCCUGACUAGCGAGCUGGAGGCCCAGCUGCAGAGGCUCAACUUCCGAGAGGAGGAGGUGGAGCAAAGAGGGACAUCUAUAAGUGAGGAGGAGAAAAAUAAGCGGAGCUCUAGCCUACGGCGAAGUCCUGGAGAUCUGCAGGACCUCAGCAACCUGCUGGAGAGAGACUUCAGCGUUCAGAGCAUGACCUCCAUGAUAAACGAGGACUGCUUCUAUGACCCCCUCCUGGGGUUACAGACGACCGCCGCCAUGCCCGCAGUGUAGGGACAAAGCUAACAUGCUAACACAAGGAGGAUGGACACAAUGUGGGGAGUCUAAAUAAAUCCAGACGAUUGAGCUGGAAGUUUAUCACACCUGCUCCGCAGACCUGAACAUGGAGGUCCACGCUGACCAAAAGGUGCCAUCUGACGAGGUUCGGGUCAUUUUCGAGAGUGUGAAGCAGCUUCAUUCCUCAAACAUCGCCUCCUGCAGGUCAUCACAGGUCACUACACCAAAGGAAACGCUGACAGACUAACUGACCCUUUAAGAGGAUCUUCAUCUCUCCAACACUUGAACUGUUCUCAGUGAGACAAUGAGAUAGCAGGACAUCUGUCCAGCCCUCUGAUUGGCUGCGAGAUUCAUGACACUGAAACCUUCAACAAAUAAAAAAGGUCUGGAGGUGGAUUGAUAACAAAUUUUUGUACAAGAGGAAGUCAUAUCAGCCAAUCUGGGAUUUUUUUUUACUGAUCUCUCUGAUUCAGCAUUAAAAGCUCACCAGUGAUUUAAUGGUAACAAAAAUAAACAGCAGUCGAACGCCACCGGAAAGUGAGAGAAAAGAGUCUGACAAUAAAGUCCAAGAAAAAUGUAAAUUUAAAGAAAACGUGUAUCACUUUGAAACAUCAGUUCAUGCAAGUUCUUAAAUUCCUAAAAUUCAUUUUUAAUUUAUGAAUUUUUUUUGUUUGUUUGUUUUUAGUCUCAAAAAGAAAUUUGAUUUGUUUGUAUUUAAAAAUAAGAUUUUAUUCUCAUAAAAUUACAGGUUGAUCUCUCAGAAAUGUGACCUCUUUCCACAAAAGUGCACCUUUAUUUUUUUUUAAAUAUCAAUAUCAUUACCUGUUAACCUUUAAAAUUACCGUUAUUUAUGCAAAAAAAACAAAAAACAUUUGGCAAGCAGUUUUUAGUUUUUUCAUUUAAAUUUUUUUUUUGAGUGUUUUUUUUUUCUUUCUGGAUUUUUUUAAUUUUACAUUUUCUUUAAAUAAAUUACUUCAGCUUUGAAAUAAUACGUUUAUGGUGCCCUCACAGUAAAACUUUAUUCUAUCAACAUCUUUAAAUAUAGCUAUCUCUAAAAAACAAUUUUAUCUUCAAACUACUGAAAUUCCUGCAUGAAAUUCAGCCUGAAAAGUGUAUUUUUCUUUACACGAGUUUAUAAUAAUCUGUCUUUUAAAAUGUAAAUUUAUACCAAAUUUUUCAACUUUAUUCUCAAUCUUUUUUCUCUCACAGAGGCUCUGAUGUGAAACUGUAGACCCAUCUCAGGCAUCUCGCUAACACAGCUCACAAACCUCAAAGAACAAACAGAAUCAUUUGUCUCAGAGACAAACUACAGACCUCACAAAACUUUUCAGAAACUGGAGUGUUCUUUUUAAAAAUUCCUCGAGAGAACAUGGUGCUCAGUUCUUUUCACUUAACCAAGCAUCUCUCUGAAGGGUCCAACCAGCUCAGUUUCAUCUUGUUCGCUAAUGAUGGACCAAACCGAAUGUUGGACUUGCUGCCUGAACUCGGCGACAGCUGUCAAACUCUUGUGUUGUAAAUAUUCUUGUGUGCAGCACUCAUUUUGAACUUUUCUGUCUAACAGAGAAACUUUCUUGACAAAAGCAGUUUCUGGAAAAAUCUGGAGCUGCUGGAUCAAAGCCUUCAGUCGAGUUUUUAUAUUUAUAUAUUUGUAAUGUUUUGUUGACCAAGCACUAGAGAGACACCAGUGUUUUUAUUUUAUAUUUGUGUUUUAUAUUUUCUAAAAUGUUAAAGUAUUUGGUAAUUUAUUUUCUUAAAUAUUUGUUCAAGGCAAAUAAAUGAAAAAAAUAUUUAAUUAAAGAUUUUUGACCUGAAAUGCUCCUCCUAUUGCUGUUUAUUCAGUCUCUGAACAGAAAACUUCAAGGCCUUGUGAACAGCUGAAACCCCCCUGGCAACCACUGGUUGCUAGGGGGUGGUUAGCUGCGGCUAGCCGUGGUUUGCAUAGAAGACGCUGACUUUUCUCAAAACUCGCCCCAGCUGCUCACUGAGUAGUUGUAAAGCUUUCAGGGAAAAAACAGAAAAGAUUCACUGAAGUGGAUUUGUGAUGCUGCAGAGCUCUGUCUGUGCACUGCUGAGUAAAGCUGAGGUCCCUGUGCUCUCUGCAGGUCUCAUUAUUAAUGUAAAGAGAUAAUAAAAUCUUAUUCUUUCAGAAUUUGUAUGUGUCUUGGGCAGCUAUCCUCCCCUUGCCUCCAGUUCUCCACUUUGCGCUCUACCCUCCAACAUUAAAACACCGACACCUUGUGCAGCGGUCCACGAGCUACAGACGCUCUACAGGCAUACCUAACCCAGCAGACUCUCGUUGUUCUUGUCAUGAAGUCGUGUUUCUUUCAUGAACAUUAUCAUUUCCUGUGAUGAUACUCAGAUUUCCUCCUUUCACUCAUUUCAGUCUGACUUCACCUUCAGGGGAACAGGACGCUCAGCUCACUUUUGGAUCGAUAAAUUAAAUUUUAAAAAGCAGUGAAGGUAAAAACUGACUGUGUGUGUAUGGUGUGUGUUGUCUCUUCAGCUCUUGUUGCCAGAGUAACCGCUGUAGAAAGGAGGAAGAAAAUUGGCACAUUUAUCAUAAAUUUACAGCUUUUUAAAACCUUUUAAAAACUCUGCAUCUAUUUGGAGACUGAACAGCUUGCCUCACCAAAUGACAUAAUUUCAGACCUUUGAAGGCUUUAAACACUCAUCGCUCAGUUCACCUAAUGGUCACUGAGGAGCUGAAAGCUGGUCAUGUGAGGAUAUUUCAGGCUCCGGUUGCCUAGGUGAACUUCUAACGUGUUUAUUCACAGGUCGUAUGUCAAUCAACAGUGUUUUUCACUCUUAUUGGACGUCUCUUGAGUCGCUCCCCGUAAAGUUCAUCACUAGCUGGGUAUUGACUAUCUAAGAGGGAGAUAACUUGUGGUGGUGGCAUUCUGUUUCAGCCCUACACUUGAAAUCAGAGAGCUCUUUAAAACAACCUGUUUAUUCAGAAAUAUAGUGUGAUAAAUAUAUAUAUGCACAACUUUGUAGUAUCUAGAAUAAAA